AUGUCCCCGGGCUUCGCAAUUGUACUGGUUCAUGGAUCGUACCACACACCCAAACCUUAUGCCCCAUUUAUUCAAUCGCUAAAAGAAGCUGGUAUCGUAGCCUUUUGCCCACAAUUACCAUCGUCCGACCCCAUCAAGCUACAGCUCGGUGACUCUUCAACUCCUGACUACGACCAAGCCGCUCCGAAAAGCGGUUUUCCUCAACCUGCAGACGAUGUCAAAGUGAUAGAAGAAUUGUUAGAGAAUCUGAUAUGCGGCCAGGGUAGAAACGUUCUUUUGCUCGGUCACUCGGCGGGUGGGUUUACGGCGUCUGCAGCUGCACUCCCAAAGUUCUUAGCAAAGAACCGUAAACCAAAGAUGGGGGGUGUCAUAGGAAUAUAUUAUAUCUGCGCAUUUCUAGUUCCAGUGGGAGAGUCUAUCAACAGUUUCUUUCAACCGAAAGAUGGAUCUGACCCUAUCAUUCCUCCAUACUGUAAAUUUCAUCAACACGGUACGGACGUACUUGUCUCGACCAUCAAUGGAGCAAAAUUCUUCUUCAAUGGACUUGACGAAGAACAAGCAGAAAUUUACGAGAACACCCUUACCGCAACAGCAAUACCCACUACGGUAUUGACAAAUGAUGCUUACACAAGUCUUCCUUGUGCAUAUUUGGUUACUGAAGAUGAUUUAGCAUUGGACCCUAAAUAUCAAGAGGGAAUGGUAGCGCUACAUAACCAGAGAGAAGGUGUUGACAUCAAGGUUAGCAGGGCGAAAUCCGGACAUUCUCCGCACUUGACGUGGAAGGAGGGACUUCUAGAAGAUGUCUUGAGAUUCGGAAAUGAAAACUUGAGGUAA